UUUUGUACAACACAGUAGAUCCAGCGAGAUACGACCGCGGUGCCUUCUGGGUAACCCGGAAGUAAACACAACCACGUUGGCCAUGGAGGGAUCGGAGCCGAACCGAGCCGCGGACGGCCGAACGGUGAACAAGGAGGAUGUUUUACGGGACUUCCAGGCGUCCUUCUUCGCCAUGAGUGGACUGGCUUCGUUUCCGUGGACCUUUCUAGAAAAAGAUCUUGAACGCAACAAGUCUUCAGAUCUGAUUUCAGACAUCCUGAGCCAGACGUGUCUUCACUCUCUGUGCCGGAGGUUUCCUCCGUCAGCGAGAUACCGGAAGCUGUUCCUCUCCCAGCUCAUCACACGGCAGGAGGCGGCGGGCUGCGACCCGCUGGACGCGCUCUACGACGCGCUGGCCGAGGUGGUCGGCGCCGGAUACCCGACGGAGUGCUUCAAGAGCUACCUGCUGCCCGGCGGCGAGGCUAUCUCUCUGCUGGAGAGCGUGGCGCUGGUCUCAGACGGGACCACCGGCCUGUUGACCUGGGAGGCCGCGCUGCACCUGGCGGAGUGGGCUCUGGACCACCGGCACCCCUUCACCGGCAGGACGGUUCUGGAGCUCGGCAGCGGCGCUGGUCUGACCGGCAUCGCCAUCUGCCGCUCCUGCAGCCCGAGCAGAUACGUGUUCAGCGACUGUCACCCGAGGGUGCUGCGCAAGCUGAGAGACAACGUGCGGCUGAACGGGCUGACCGGGCCGGAGGUCGGCGUGGAGGAGAUGGACUGGACGACGGCGACGGACGAGCAGAUCGCUCGGAUCGGCGCCGACACCGUCAUCGCUGCAGAUGUGGUCUACGACCCGGACGUGGUGGAGUCUCUGGUGGCGCUGCUGUCCAGGAUCCUGAGGGUCUCGUCUCCGGAGGUCUUCAUCUGCUCCACCGUCAGGAACCAGGAGACGUACGGCGGCUUCAAGCGGCGGCUCGGUAAGGGGGCGGAGCUUCCCGCGAGGCCGUCGACCGACCCGAUGUGUUCUUCUCUCGUCAGGAGAAGCAGGAAUCGGCCACCAGGUGGUGCCAGGAGCCGCCGGCCAGAUGUUCCCCUACAGCCGAGAGUCUGAGAUCGAGACCCUCGCGCUGUCCACGGCCGCACGGCAAUAAAGAUUCAUCAAGUACAUCGUCUGUCCUUUGAAUACACGAGUCGUUACAAGUAAACAUGGUUCAUCAACCUGGUCGAUGGCUCUUAUACAUGUUCCUGGGUGGGAAGUCUCUAAAGUACUACGGUCUGUGUGUAACCUGAAGGCGAAGCACCGGAACCCGGAUCCACAGGUCCAAUGGAGCACAUUGAGGGAACCAGCAAGUAGAAUAACAUUUAUUAAUCUUCAUAAACACAACAAGUUGAGUGGAGGAGGAUUUAAAGUGCGUACAAAUGAUGUUAUCAUGUAAUAAUAAAUGUUUAUGAGCU